CUCUUUCAACCUCAUUGCACAGCUUUCUAGGCUUGGCCACUACUACUAUAUACUUUCAGUGUAGUCUCCUUCUCACUCAAGACUCUAAGUCUUUUACCUUAAGCCCAUUCUCUCUUUCUUCAUGCUUGAGUUGGAAUUAUUGCGGAUUUUUCAUUUGAAGCAACUAUAAUGAUCACAGGACUACACCUUUACUAAAGCCCCACUGCCCCACUCAACCGUUUUUCCUCUUCUUGUUUGGUUGGUGGAUUUAACAUUCUAAAAUCUACAGUAUACCAGUGACCUAUAGCAGGGAAAACAGGAAGAAAAGCCACAUUUUAGAUCAAAAAAUGAAAAGGGUUGUGUUGAUUUUGGCAUUUUCAGCUGCACUGACAGCUGCAGUUUUGAGCCAAGCCUCCUUGGCUCUCAAUUCGGAUGGCAUUGCACUGUUGGAGUUCAAAACCAGUUUGAAUGAUAGCAAGAACUACCUGAGCAACUGGAAUGCUUCUGAUGCUUCUCCAUGUAGAUGGACUGGCAUUUCUUGUCAUCCUGAAGACCAAAGUGUCAUCUCUAUAAAUUUACCCUAUAUGCAACUUGGAGGGAUUAUAUCUCCCAGCAUUGGUAGAUUAAGUAGAUUGCAAAGACUGGCACUUCACCAGAACAGCCUACAUGGUAUGAUCCCCAGUGAGAUUACCAGUUGUUCUGAUCUCAGAGCCCUGUACUUGAGAGGUAACUAUCUUCAAGGUGGAAUUCCGUCAAAUAUUGGGAACCUAUCUCUUCUGACCAUAUUGGAUUUGUCAAGCAAUUCACUCAGGGGUGCUAUACCUUCUUCUCUUGGUCGCCUGACACGUCUGCAUUCUCUAAACUUGUCAACAAAUUUCUUCUCGGGUGAAAUACCAAAUGUUGGAGUUCUAAGCUCUUUUGGAAACAAUUCGUUUAUUGGUAAUUUAGAUCUCUGUGGCCAACAAGUGCAAAAACCUUGUCGAACCUCACUUGGGUUCCCUGCAGUCCUGCCUCGAGCGGAAAGUGAUGAAGCAAGAGCGCCUACAAAAAGAUCAUCACAUUAUAUUAAAGGAGUUGUCAUUGGUGCAAUGUCUACAAUGGGCUUUGUACUCAUUGUGCUCCUUGCUUUUCUUUGGGUCUGCUUAUUGUCGAAGAAGGAAAGAGCUGCUAAAAGAUACACAGAAGUGAAAAAACAAAUUUACCAAGAACCAAGUGCCAAGCUAAUCACUUUCCAUGGGGAUCUUCCAUAUCCUUCAUGUGAGCUGAUAGAAAAAAUUGAAUCUCUGGAUGCGGAAGAUGUUGUUGGUGCUGGAGGAUUUGGCACUGUUUAUCGAAUGGUUAUGAAUGAUUGUGGUACAUUUGCUGUUAAAAGGAUUGAUCGUAGCCGUGAAGGUUCUGACCAAGUGUUUGAAAGAGAGUUGGAGAUAUUAGGCAGCAUUAAGCACAUUAAUCUGGUUAACCUGAGAGGUUAUUGUAGACUUCCUGCUGCGAAGCUUCUUAUCUAUGACUACCUGGCCAUGGGCAGUCUGGAUGAUUUUCUGCAUGAACAUGGGCAACUUAACCGAUCCCUGAACUGGAGUACUCGUUUGAAGAUAGCCCUUGGGUCUGCUAGGGGAAUAGCAUACCUACACCAUGACUGUAGUCCUAAGAUAAUCCAUCGUGAUAUAAAGUCCAGCAACAUACUUCUUGAUGAGAAUCUGGAUCCUCAUGUUUCCGACUUCGGCCUUGCAAAGCUUUUGGUAGAUGAGGAUGCUCAUGUCACAACUGUGGUUGCUGGUACAUUUGGUUACUUGGCGCCAGAGUACUUGCAGAGUGGAAGAGCAACUGAAAAAUCUGACAUCUAUAGCUUUGGAGUGUUGCUGUUAGAGCUUGUUACUGGAAAACGACCUACUGACCCAACUUUCGUAAAGCGUGGUCUCAAUGUCGUCGGCUGGAUGAAUACAUUGGUAAAAGAGAAUCGAAUGGAGGAUAUAGUAGAUAGAAGGUGCACCAAUGCAGAUGCGGAGACUGUAGAAGCUGUUUUAGAAAUAGCGGCAAGGUGCACAGAUGCAAAUCCAGAUGACAGGCCUUCAAUGCAACAGGUGCUGCAAUAUCUAGAGCAAGAGGUCAUGUCACCUUGUCCGAGUGAUUUCUAUGAAUCCCAUUCAGAUUGCUCGUAACUGUAUUUACUGUCAGCAUCAAACUUGUAUGGUUUUGGUAAAAUUUCUCCAUACCCCACCAUGUGGGGCUGUACAUUAUUCUCUGAAUGUGUAUCUGCAACUUGGGUUGCACCUGUUUCUGUGUAUUCUUCUUGAAAUCUUAUUCGAUGAUAUCUGAUAGCUGGUUUUUUGUACGGAUGUAUACCUCACCAUACAAUUAUUUUUUCA